AUGGAAAGUUUUGAAAAAAACAAUGAUACACCUGUUUCACAACCGAAAAAGAGAGGAAGAAAACCUAAAAGUGAAAUGAAAAAUGAUUCUAAUGAAGGAUUGAUGACACAGUUAUUGGAUAAAAAAAAAUAUGAAGUGAAAUGUGGUAAAUGUGAUUUUACCGGUUCUCGUAAACAAUUUGAAAAUCAUAAUUUCAGACAACAUGUAGGAUUAGGUUGGGUCGAAGGAGAACCACCUGUUGAUUUAAAUGAUGAAAAGGUAGUAACAGAUUUGGUUAAAAUGGCUUUUAAAGCUGUAAAAAAAGGUACUUGCGAACUGUGUCAAGAUGUUAAAAGAAGCGUUUUAGGAUAUGUGUCUCACAUUAGAAGUUGUGGAAAGUCGGAAGAAGAAAAAGAAGCUCUUAAAAUUCAAUGUCAGUAUUGUUCUGCUAAAUGUCUUCCAUACAGCAUGCCAAUGCAUAUAAAACUUUCACAUCCUGUCGAACCACCCAAUGAAAUCAAUAAUUUAGAAGAAAAUAAUGAAACGAAAAAGGAUUCUGUUGUACCAUCUGGAAAAAGACGAUCUGCAGUAAAGGCUGCAUCAAAAUUUCAUGAAGUUUUGCAAGCUAUGAAUGAAGUUGAAGCAGACGCUCUUAAAAUGCAGUAUGUUUUAUAUGAGAAAGGGAAUGAAAAGUUACCAAAAAUAAGUCCAAAGAUGUAUAAUUCGUGGUACAAAUUAAAACGUGAAAAUAAAAAAAUUCCUUGUCAACACGAUGGUUGUUCGACGACAACCGAUGACGUGAAAAAAGCCAAACAACAUUUUUUCACUUGUUUUCAUUUACCUGAAAAAGUAUACAUAUGCGAGACAUGUAACUAUUAUUCGGUGAAUGAAUCCGAUACUGUGGAUCACGUUAAAAAUCAUCAAACCAAAGUUAUGAAGAAGAAAAAGAAAAAAAAAGAUGGAGAAGGAGAGUACGAAAAAGGUGAAUGUGAUAGCGAAGAAUACCAAAGCGAUGAAAAUGGCGAUGAGGAAGAAGAAGAGGAGGAAGAGGAAGAUGAUGAUGAUGAUGAUGAUGUAAAUGAGGAGGAAGAGGAUUUAAAUGACGAAGAAAAAGAAUCGUUAAAUAAUAGCGAACUCGAUAGUGGAGAAGACGAUGGAUCGGGUGAAAAACAAAAAUCGAAAAAAAUGAAAAAAUCGAAAAAAUCGAAAAAAGAUCGAUCGAAAAUGUGUGACGAACAAAAAAUAAGUAAAGUAUUGAAAUUGUUCAGUGACAGUUUGACCGUUACUUUAGAAUCGGAAAAAACGGAAAUGAAAGUCGAUCCCUGGCCGGAAUUUCACACUAAAAUCUCCGAUUGGAAAUUCAUUGGAGAUAAAAAUAAUUCACAUUUACUUCCGGAAAUGAAAAAAUCAAUUUCUGUUAAAUUAAAAGGAGCAGACGACAACGAUGACGUCAAAGAAUGGAGACGGUUUAAAAUAUUCGAUAGCGAAUCGGUCGAUGGUACAACGACGUUCUUCACCGGCGGAAGUGUCAGGUGCAUGUCAUGGUGUAAGGUAUCCUUCAACAGGAUGAUCAAUAAACAAGUCAAACAAUAUUUAGCACUGUCUACGACGAAGGAAAUUAAUCAUCUUAGAAACGUUCACGAUCGAACCGGAAGUUCGGAACAUUCGCUCAUACAAAUAUGGGAUUGCGGGUCCGACGUCACCGCGCCGAAAUUAUCAUUAGGCAUUGCUCACGAUAGCGAAAUAUGGGACAUGUCGUGGUUUCCCGAUGAUUGUUCGAUGGAAGGUUCGAAUGAUAAAAUAUCAAGGUUGGGAAUAUUGGCGACAGCUUCCGACGAUUCGAUCGUUAGGAUUUGGUCGAUAUGCGAUCCCGAUCGACUUUCUCGAACGAACGGCAUGAUUCCCAUUUACGAAGUUUUCCCCGUUGCAAAAUUAACCACAGACGAAUAUUUAGCGGAUAGUUGUUUGAAUUUGUCCGUUGGAAAAAACGGUUCGAUCGCCGGCGGUUACGCGAAUGGAAUUUUAGCUCUAUGGAAUUUGAAUAAUUUUUCGUCGCCGUUUAACGACGCCGAAGAAAAAUCCACGAUCAUGAGACCUCAUUUAACAAUUCAAGCACAUAAAACGACGGAAAAACAGGAAAAUUCACUCGAUUGGAUUUUUUUUCCAGCCGUGACGUUUUGCCCGGUUAAUAAUCGUUUUAUCAUAUCGGCUGCUUUGGAUCGUAUCGUUAAAUUAUGGGAUUUGGAAGAGCCCGGAUAUCCCGUGGAACAAUUCAGCAAAGAAUUAUGUUUGGGUGCAGUUUGGCCCAAAAAUCUACCCCUGGUCAUUUAUAAUUUCGACGAUAUCGUGUCGACGACCGGAAAAGGUUUCGUGAGAUUCGUCAAAGAUAUUUUUCACGAUCGUCAACAGUUUGGUUUGGUCAUGGAAAAUAGUUGUUUGAAUUUGUCAUUCAGCGAUUGGUUGAACGCAUUGUGCGGAUGUAGCGACGACGGUGACAUCAAAUUGAGAUAUUUUAAAAAUUUUCUAAGCGAUAAAAGGAAAAAGGAAAAACAAAACUCGAUAUCGUCUGUGUCGAUGAAAAAAUUAAACGGUGAUGAUGAUGAUGAUUCAAAAGAAGGGGAUAAGGUGGUGGUGGUGGCGGAUAAGGAAAAUGACAAAAAGGUGCCUAAGCUGCUAUCAUACGAGGAAAUCAAUUCGGAAUACGGUUUAAUAUUUAAUGAGGGAUCAAUGGGAGAUGGGGAGGGAAAAACAAAAAAAAAUAGGAAAAAAAUUAAUCCGGAAAUUUGUCCGGUGAAAGCCAUUAAUAGGGUUAGUUGUUAA